GGCGACCUUUCGUGCGUGCAAAAGCGAGGUACUUAUUGCCAGAUUCUGAAAAGUGGUGUUGAUAUUGUAGAAUUCUAAUUCUACCUCCAAUCCAGCAUCGCCAGCAGACAGAACACGUCGCGCCUGCUUCCUGCACGCACUAGAACAACAGUACCGUAAACAAUGGAGGAGCGCACCGGAACGGAACGAAUCUAUGGCGGCUGUGAAGGGCCGGACGCCAUGUACGUUAAGCUCAUCUCAUCCGACGGACACGAGUUCAUCGUAAAGCGAGAGCAUGCCCUAACCUCCGGCACGAUCAAGGCUAUGCUGUCCGGACCGGGCCAGUUCGCUGAGAAUGAAGCCAACGAAGUGAACUUUAGAGAAAUACCCUCGCACGUUCUCGAGAAGGUGUGCAUGUACUUUACCUACAAGGUGCGAUAUACCAACAGCUCGACUGAAAUACCGGAAUUCCCCAUCGCACCGGAGAUCGCCCUGGAGCUUCUAAUGGCCGCCAAUUUCCUCGACUGCUAGGAGCUAGAGUUACGGUUUAGUUUGGCUACCAUUUGUCUAAGGUAAAACAAUGUUUCCGACUACGAAGUAACACACCCAGUUGCGCCUGUUCUGGGACCUAAAACUAUCGCUGAGACGAUGCCUAGCAAAACCCGUACGCAGGAGAACAGAUGGUUCAGUGAAAGAUAGAUGCAGGAUGCGGAGUGCGAAGUGUGUUUUUUGAUUGCAAACAAGGGCGUUCUUUUCCGUAAACGCUUGAUUGUAAUCCAUAGCGUCUCUAGCCUUAGCUUUUAGCUAUCCCCCUUGUUACCAGGUUCUGAUGAUGUUCUUCAUGAGACUCGGUGCAACUUUCUCUCCACUUCCUCUUACUUUGGUUCCGUCAGCGUGGCAGCUUCGCUAAUGUGUACAUCCUGUUUCAUACAAAUGUGGCCGUUUUCAUUCAAACAUUUUCACAUCGCUCCGAUGGCGCAAGACAGGGUUAUCGAUUGGUUGGAUUGGUAUGUUACGAUGGGUCCAUGAGGUGGGAUUUGGCUACCUCUUGGCAGCAUCAGCCAGAUUGAAAUAAAACCACACCAAAACGCUCGGUUGCCAGGUUCGAAUUUAACUGGUGGCGGUAUUUAAGCUACUCUAGAUCCAAUGAAUGAAUUAAACUCACGAUAAUAUCAUUACCAAGUGGAGUUAGAUCAUAUGAGUCCGCCAUCCUCGCGAACCGAACGACAAAUUUAACGCAUAGUGUGGGAGGGGGGAAAUGUCCUUUUUUCACUUUUUCACCCAAGAAGCAAUAGACAAGGACGGAAAAUCACAACCAUACGUAGUAAGGUGCGAGCGGCAUUUUUGUUUCCAUUUUAUAUUAUGUUAGUUUGUUUCCCCAUUAAACAUUACGAAUAAAAAAGACGAAAAUUUGGUA